AGUGGCUGGCUGGUUGUUGGUCCGCCAUCUUGAGAGUUUGUUGUGGUGACACGGAGAAAGACGCCGACUUUUCGCCCGAGAGUGUGCGAGACCCGAGAUCCAGUCCGUCAACUGGAGACCGCUGUCUAAUCGCCGGUGUUCCGCCCGUGCUCCGCCCACUCAGAAUCCACCCACCCGUUGGCCCCGCCGCCUAGCCGCCCGCUCGCUCGCUAGCUGGCUCGUUGCUUGGUUGGCUCGGUUGACUCGGUUGACUCGCGUGCGUGAGUGAGAGAGUGUUGAGCUCCAGAAUGAGUUUGGCCUCCGCCUCCCCCGCCCCCCAGCAGGAUUUGCAGCAGGUCAAUGGUCGUAACGGCGAUGACCUGAUGGAGGUUAUCGAUGUAAUGGAAGGCUCUCGUCGUCGGUCUUUGCGCAAGCGCGAGGAGAAAUCUUACGCCGAAUCGCCUGACCUUAUGAUUGAAGACGAUGGCACAACCUCGCGCCGAAUCAUGAUGGAUGCCGCGGGUGCCGCGUCGAACCCGUCCAAACCCGGUACGGGGGUUCUCGGGGUAGUAGGAGUGGCUGCCUUACCCCCGAAAGAGCUCUAUCCCGGCACGAUCAUUCACAAUGGUGAUAUUGAAAUGGAGAGCGAAAAUGAAGAGGACGAAAUCUCGGCUCCAGUUUCGGCCAUUCCCCUGCCCAAGGAAUUUUCGCCCGAGGAGCUGGAAGAAAAACGUCUGCUCAUUAAGAAACUACAAACUCAAUUGAGAAACGAGGAAAUGUCGUUGGUCCUUCUGAAAAAAAUUCGCCAGUCUCAAGUGUUAGCCGAACAAGCCGCAGCGGCUAGUGCCGCCAAAGCUACAGCCGCGGCUCAAGCCAGUCUUACAUUAGGCGCCAACUCGUCAGUAUCCCUUAUCAAGAACGGUGUCACGGGCGCCACCUCUUUGGGAACCCCCGGAUCUAUGAAAAGCGGACAUCAUCAUUCUCAUCAUCACCAUCAAGCCCCGCACAAAUCCUCUAUUGGCUCUUCCAGCCACACGGGUGGCCGCAGUUCCAUGGCUGCCAUUACGCCCAUUUCUUCCUCGAAGAUGCCGCUGACCCCCGAUCUCUCUCAAUUAACUCCAGUCAAUGUAGACCCAAAGAACUUGCCACCUUCCCUGCCCGCCAACCUAGUUAACCUCAUGACAAGUGGCUCGCUUGGCGCUAAAGUCACCUCCGGAUCCGGAGAAUCUGUCCGCGGAGGGCGAGGUGGCGGAGGAGCGUUGGAUAUUACCAAACAUUCGAAACCUGUGGAUAAUGAGACACCUGCUCAGAAGCAAGCUGCGGCCAAAAUGGCUCUUAGGAAACAACUGGAGAAGACCUUGUUACAGAUACCCCCACCCAAGCCUCCUCCACCAGAAAUGCAUUUCAUUCCCAACCCGACCAAUUCCGAGUUCAUUUGCCUUUUGGGCUUGGAGGAGUGUGUAGGUAAGAUUCUCCAUGAGAAUAAGGAAAACACCUCCCAGCCCAUGCCAUUCAGCUGCAGUCAAUGUUCGACGGAUUUCACCCCCACGUGGAAGUGGGAUAAAGGAUCCAGAGGCAAAGAAGUUAAAGUUAUAUGUGAGAACUGUGUUACUACAAAUGUGAAGAAGGCGCUCAAAGCUGAACAUACAAACAGGCUAAAAGCCGCAUUUGUCAAAGCAUUACAACAGGAACAAGAGUUGGAGGCUCACAUGGCUGCGGCCGCGGCAGCCACCGCUAGCUCCUCUAAUCCCGUGACUAUCUCUCCUGCUGCCACGCAUCACCGAGUGGCCUCACCGGACACUAGGGUAACUAGCGAUCGUGGAUCACGGGGGGGAGGUCUAGAUGUGACAAUUCGAUCCGCUGCCAACGUAACUCCUCGAACCGCUCCGACAGCGGCUCAUCAAUCGAGAACCAGCAGCUCGUUGACAUCGGUGAAUUCUCAUCACCAGAGCUCCUCUGCCUCCGCCCAUCGCUCAUCCAACAACAGCCGAUCCAACCACUCGACGGCUUCAUCUUCUCGACACCGCAACCACGGAUCUUCGAGCCACAAUAGUGGGAGCACAACAAGUAGCAAGCAACAGCAACACCACCAACAGCAACAUCAACAACAGCAGCAGCAACAACAACAACAGCAGCAGAACUCUCAGGCUGCCGCUGCAGCUCAGGCCGCCGCCUCCCUCAUGGCGGGUGGAGGUUACGACCUAGCCAGUCUGGCAGCAUUGCAGCAAAUGCAACAGCAAAUGUUGUUGGGACUAGCCGGUGGCACAACGUCCACUACUCAACCCUCGAGUAGCAGUAGUGGACGCGGUAGUAGCAAUACCAACUCGUCAUCCAACUCGAACAAUGCGGCAGCCGCUCUCAGUAGCCAAUUGGCCGCCAUGAACCAAUUAAUGAGCAACCCUUUGUUGUACAACUACCAGGCAUUAGCCGUGGCGCAAGCCAUGCAAGCCGCAGCUGGCGGUGGUAGUUCUAAUCAUGGGCCGUCAGGAUCUACGUCCAACAAAAGCUCUGGAGGUGGUUCAUCUUCAAAUUCCAGCUCAGCCACCAACCACAUGAUGGAGAUGCAGCGACAAGCUGCGGAGCAACUUCAUCGUCAAUACCUUUUGGACAUGAUUCCUCCUGGCGGCCUGCCUCAAUCCUGGGGGAAUAAGAAAUGAGAAUGAACGGACCCCUUUUACACCCGAUGGAUCAUCAUCCCCUUCUUUCAUCCCUGCCGAACUUCCUCUCCCCUCUCCUCCCAAUCUUGUCUGAUGUCAAUUCAUUCAAUGGCGUGUCGUAUGAGUGUUUUUUACCCAACAUUGAAGGACUUUUGACGGAGUGAAAAUUCCAAGCUGCGAAAGGAGCCCAACAUACAACUACACUACACCCACUACUACUAUUAUUAUUACUACUACUACUAUUAAUAUUAUCCUACUGCUACAGCAUCUCCUCCCAAAAACGGUUUUAAUUACUCUAUAUGAUUGUUGAAUAUGUCUGACGAAUGAUGUGUUCACCAACUAUGAUGUGUAUAAAUUCCUUCGAUAGUGGAA